AGAAGUAUUUUGCUUUCAGCAUUUCUGGUGGUAGUCUCUCACAAUGUUGACGUGUAUAAAGACUGAAGAUCGGAGUUUGGCUAUCGAUACAAGAACUGAAGACUCUCUCUCUGUUGAAGAAAUCAGUUCAGAAAACUUGAUUCAACAACUGAACAACAGUUCAUUGGAUGAUGUCAAGGUGAAACUUGAACCUCAAGAUGUCCUUUUUGGACAAUUCCAGUCUAUGAGGGACACAAUGCAUGAAGAUGCAAAAGUCUAUUAUCAGAGGCUGAGAGAGCUUGCUGGUCCUCGUGAAGAAAAUGUUUGUAAAGCUGAUACAGUCUUUCGUUCCAUGUUGCUUGAGGAAUCUUUGUUACCAGAAUCUGAAUCUCCCAACACAGAACAGCAGAACAGUUACAAACCAUCCACAAUAAUACGAUUAGGACCAGCACCUCCUGUUUACGUACGGCCAACACAGACCAAACCAAGUUUACUGGAAAUCUACCUCUCCAGCGAUUUAUAGCAGUAAACUUCUUCAAUGUCACACUGUCGCACACAGAGGCUGUUGAAGUCCAACAUUUACUAAAAUCCAUCAAAUAUAGAAAAAAAGUAUUUUUUAACAUCUUUCUUUAUUUGAAAUAUUUCAUUCAUUCAUUUUAUGGAACAAAACUUUAAUUAGUUGCAAGACCAACUUUUAGUUAUCUAGAAUUAAUUUUCGUGUUGAGCAUAAUUAGAAAAUUAAUUUUCUUUGUUUGGGCAUGGUUAGAGUGGCUCAAAAAAAAAGAGACCAAGUAAGUUUAAAUGUGAAUAUUUAAAAUAUGGACAUUUAUUUAACAGAUAAACUGUCGGUUCAUUUUCUUUAAUCUCUUCUCUCUGUGGCAGAAGAGGAGUCGGAUGUGACUUGCAAGUUUUCUUUUUUGUAUCUGAGCAACGUUACUCAAUUCCUGUAAUACUUGAUGGUUUAAACCUUCUAACAACCAUGUCUACCUGGUUGCUUGACCUGCUGCAAACAGCAGCAAAAUUACUCUCAAACCAUGUCCUCUCUUGAAAAGGACACAUUUGAUAAAUGGAGUCCAAAGUAUACUUUGAGAAAAAAAAACAGGAUGGUCAUGGCUGGAACCUAUUUAAUCAUAAAAUGUAAAAUUGUUAGCAAGUUCCUGGAGUUGGAGGAGCUCAGUUGCCAUGGAGAUGAAGGAACUGGCAACAUCAUUCUCUGCUGAUGUCACAAAAGGUGAGGAAAUGUUGGGGUCCCCACCUCUUCAUAGCAGCUAAGUUUUGUCUGAUUCGACUCCCUUUUUGUCUAACCAGAAAUCCUUCUCAAGUGAUUCCGAUAGUUUUUUUGUUUUUUUUUUUAUGAUAAAAACUCUGUCAACGUAUAAUUCAAAUUUUGGUUGGGAAAUGCUUCCUGAUCUAGAAGUGAAUAAUUUUCUUUGAACAUUUCAACAGAGUUGACAGUAUUACAGCUGUUUCUCAUCUGAAUAUCCUAAAACUUCAGAUAUUCUCAUUAUCUUGUCUCGUUAGUUGCUAACAAAGAAUUUGUAAAUAUCGUCUUGAUAAAAAAACUAUUUUCUUUUCAACAAAUUAGACUUAAUUUCAAGUUAUUUUACAUUGUGCUCACCUUCAAAGCUUCAUCAUAUUCAGUGCCGUUUAUAUUUUUAUAGAUUUAUCAAACUGUAUAUUUCAAGUCUUUUCGUAAGAAUGUAUAUUUUUAUAUGCAGUGGAAUGUUGUCUCAAGUAGACGUUGUAAGCUACUCUUUACAUCAGACUAACUUUUACUAAAUUAAAACUAACACUGCUCCAUAUUUUCCAAGUUCUGUAUAUUUCCCUUGUUACUCUACAAUAACUAGUCUCAAAAUUGUAGUAAAAAUGUAUUUUUGUUGUGUGAAUGAGAAAAUUUUGUGAAAAAAAUAAAUAAUUCCUAAUUUCUGUA